GUUUAUUUUUUCUGCCAGCUUGACGUCGUUUCUUCUGACUUGCUUGUGAUUCAUGUUUUGUUAGCUAAUCCGGCUAGCAGAUGUCGACUGGUUGAACUUUAUUUUCAGAAUAUAUGUGCUUAAAACGGUUCAAACGCCACUCCUAGUUAAAGGGGAGGAUGGCACAUCGACGUAACCCACCUCAGUUAUCCCAGAGGACAGAGUACCUGGAACCUGAUAAUGAUUCCGACAGGGACUCAGGUGUUGGGGAGGAUGCAGGGGAGGAUGCCGACGGAUGCCAUGGAUGCACAGUUUCAGAAGAGGAAGAAGUAAACAACCGAGAUGGUACAGAGGAAAACGGCAGCGAGGAUGGAGAUUUUACAGUUUUUGUUGCUUUUCAAGGGAAUAUGGAGGAUGAGGACUUCAAACAAAAACUUGAAACUAUCAUCAGUGGCAUACCAAACAUGCUUGAUAUGGGCCCUGAUAGGCUACAGCCACAGCAUGUGGAGCCAUGGAACAGUGUGCGGGUUACCUUCAACAUUCCUCGUGAUGCUGCUGAGCGACUCAGAUUGUUGGCCCAGAACAACCAGCAGCAGCUCAGAGACCUGGGGAUUCUCUCAGUACAGAUUGAAGGGGAAGGGGCCAUCAAUGUGGCUGUGGGUCCAAAUAGAGGACAAGAGGUCAGAGUGAAUGGACCAAUUGGAGCACCUGGCCAGAUGAGAAUGGAUGUCGGCUUCCCAGGUCAGCCUGGUCCAGGAGGGGUAAGGAUGCCGAAUCCAUCAAUGGUUCCUCCUGGGCCUGGUAUGGCAGGUCAGGCUAUGGUACCAGGCAGCAGUGGACAAAUGCAUCCUCGUGGACCCAGACCAACUUCACAGACAGAUGUGAUGGAUCCAAUGAUGCCAGGUAUGUCAGCUCAGCAGCAACAGCAACUUCAACACCAACAAGCUGGUCCCCAUGGGACUGGCCAAAUGCCUCCUCAGGCUGCCCAUCACAUGCAGGCCCUACAAGCCGGGAGACCUCUCAACCCAGCAGCUCUGCAGCAGCUACAACAUCAGCAGCACCAACAACAACAACAACAACAACAACAACAACAACAACAACAACAGGUCCAACAGCAAGUUCAGCUCUCUCAGCUCGGACCUCGACCUCCAUUCAACCCAUCAGGCCAGAUGGCUGUGCCUCCUGGCUGGAACCAGUUACCCCCUGGGGUCCUUCAGCAACAAGCUCCUCAAGGAGGCCCUGCCUGGAGAAAGCCUCCUCCACAAGGCCAAAUUGUUCAACGCCCAACUUCCCUUGCUACAGUUCAAACUCCCAGUCAUCCCCCACCUCCUUAUCCCUUUGGCAGCCAGCAAGCUGGGCAGGUAUUCAAUGCAAUGGGACAGGGGCAAUUACAGCAGCAGCAGGCUGGAGUUGGUCAGUUUGCAGCCCCCCAACCUAAAGGCCCACAGGCUGGCCCUGGUGGGGUUGCAGGAGCGCCAAGAGUUCCUCCACCUCUUCCCCCAACUUCUGGGCAGCAGGGCAACCUCACCGCCAAGUCCCCUGGGUCCUCAUCGUCUCCUUUUCAGCAGGGUUCACCAGGGACUCCUCCCAUGAUGGCUCAGAGACCCACAACUCCACAGGGUUUUCCCCAGGGUGUUGGAUCUCCAGGAAGGGCAGCCCUCGGCCAGCAGGGUAACAUGCAACAAGGGUUCAUGGGAAUGCCCCAGCAUGGACAGCCCGGAUCCCAAGUUCACCCAGGCAUGCAAAAGCGCCCCAUGGGCUUUCCAAACCCAAAUUUUGUCCAAGGUCAGGUGAGUGCCGGCACUCCGGGAACACCAGGUGGAGGCCCCAAUCACCAGUUACAAAACAGCCAAGGGAUGACUCACACAGGAGUUCAGCCGUCACCUUCUACACCAAACUCAAUGCAGGGACCACCCCAUGCUCAACCUAAUGUUAUGGGUGGACAGAGUAACAUGGCAGUUGUGCCCCCUGGUACAACUGCUGGGCCCAGUAUGGGACAGCAACAGCCUGGCCUCCAGACCCAGAUGAUGGGCCUCCAGCAUCAGGCCCAGCCCGUGUCCUCCUCCCCCAGCCAGAAGGUUCAAGGCCAGGGUGGAGGUCAAACUGUCCUCUCAAGGCCCCUUAGUCAAGGGCAGAGAGGAGGGAUGACCCCACCCAAGCAGAUGAUGCCUCAGCAAGGCCAGGGGGUGAUGCAUGGGCAGGGACAGAUGGUUGGAGGCCAAGGGCACCAGGCCAUGCUCCUGCAGCAGCAACAGCAACAGCAACAAAAUUCCAUGAUGGAGCAAAUGGUUGCCAACCAGAUGCAAGGCAACAAGCAGGCAUUUGGAGGCAAGAUUCCAGCAGGUGUCAUGCCGGGACAGAUGAUGCGAGGUCCUUCUCCAAAUGUUCCAGGAAACAUGGCUCAGUUCCAGGGCCAGGUUGGCCCACAACAGAUGACUCCACAACAGCAGCAGCAGCAGCAGCAGCAACAGCAAAUGGCUCAACUCCAACAACAGCAGAUGCAACAACAGCACCAGUUACAACAGCUGCAGCAGCAGCAGCAGCAACAGCAGCAGCAGCAGCAACAACAGCAGCAGCAGCAGCAGCAACAACAUCAGCAGAUGAAUCAACAGCAGUCCCAGCAGGUUCCUAUUGCUGGGAAUCCCAACCAAGUUAUGGGCAUGCAUGGGCAACAGAUGAGGCUCCCUGCUGGUCAUCCUCUUAUCCAACAACAGUUGCAACAGCAGCAGUUACAACAGCAGCAGAAACAACAGCAACAGGCCUUGUUACAACAACAACAACAACAACAACAACAACAACAACAACAGGCAGCUCAACAACACCCACAUGUGUUGGGAGAUCCUAAUAGUGGAACAGGAGACCUGGGUGUCCAGCAGAUGGUCCCUGAUAUGCAGGCACAGCAGCAAGGCAUGAUGACUGGCCCUCAGCACAUGCAGAUGGGAAAUGGCCACUUUGCAGGUCACGGCAUGAACUUUAACACACAGUUUCCAGGUCAGAUGCCAAUGGGAGGACCUUGUGGACAGGCAGGAGGCUUUCCUGUCAAUAAGGAUGUUACACUGACAAGCCCACUGCUGGUCAACCUGCUUCAGAGUGAUAUCUCAGCAAGCCAGUUUGGGCCAGGGGGAAAACAGGGAGCUGGGGGAGGCAAUCAGGCCAAACCCAAAAAGAAAAAGCCGGCACGAAAGAAGAAGCCGAAAGAGGGAGAAGGACAACAGCAAGGAGAGGGACUUGGCAGUCUUGAUGUGGCUUCUGGCAUGGAGGAUUCAGAACUGCCAAAUCUUGGUAGUGAACAAAAUUUGGGCUUAGACAGCCCAGGACCAAAACUUGCUGAUUUUGCCAAUAGGCCUGCAGGCUUUCCCGGCCAACCUGGAGACCAGAGAGUUUUGCAGCAAGUACCGAUGCAGUUUAUGCAGCAGCAACAACAGCAGCAGCAGCAGCAGCAGCAGCAGCAGCAGCAACAACAGCAGCAACAACAACAACAAAUGCAGCAGAUGCAACAGCAGCAAAUACAACAACAACAACAAAUACAGCAGCAGCAACAAAUGCAACAACAAUUGCAACAGCAGCAAAUGCAGCAGCAACAACAACAAUUACAACAACAGCAGAUGCAGCAACAGCAGCAGAUGCAACAGAUGCAGAUGCAGGGUCUCCAGAAUGCUCAAGGUCAGCAGGGGAUGACGGGGGCACAGGCUUCGGGUCAAGCUCAGCCUCAAAUGCACCCUCAUCAGCUGCAACAACAGCAGCAGCAAACUCAACAGCCACACCUACAACAGCAGCAGCAACAGCAGAUGAUGAUGAUGAUGAAGAUGCAACAGGAGCAAGCCAAGAAUCGCAUGUCCAUCCCUUCAGGAGGGCAGCUCCCUCCUCGGGGAAUGGGAAAUACACCUGAAGUGCAGAGACUUCCUGUCUCACAGCAAGGAAAUAUGCCUGUAAUGAUCAGCCUUCAAGGACAUGGUGGGGUACCGCCAUCGCCCGACAAAGCCAGGGGGAUGCCCAUGAUGGUGAACUCACAGCUUGCCGGUGUUGCACGAAGAAUGUCCCAUCCUGAUGUAGGGCAGGGUCCUCAAGGGACUGGAUCAGAAGAUGCCUCUGCAGGGCCACAUCUGAAGCAGGACAGGCCUGUUGGCCCAGACAUUGGGGUGCAGCCAGGAAAUGGGACUCAACAGAUGAUGGCCAAUCAAGGUUCCAACACUCACAUGUUGAAACAAGGCACUGGUCCAUCACCAAUGCCUCAGCACACUGGAGCGAGUCCCCAGCAACAGUUAUCCACACAGCCUCAGCAAGGAGGUCCCAUGCCAGGCAUUCAUUUUUCCAGUGUCCCAACAACAUCCCAGAGCUCCAGGCCCAAAACUCCUAACAGAGCCAGCCCAAGGCCCUACCACCAUCCCCUCACCCCAACAAAUCGUCCACCAAGUACUGAGCCCUCAGAAAUCAAUCUUUCACCUGAAAGGCUGAAUGCCUCUAUUGCAGGGCUGUUUCCUCCCAAAAUCAACAUUCCUCUUCCUCCCAGGCAGCCUAACCUAAACAGGGGGUUUGACCAGCAGGGUCUUAACCCAACAACUCUAAAAGCCAUUGGUCAGGCCCCUCCUAGCUUAACUCUGCCAGGCAACAACAACAAUGGAAGUGCAGGUGGAAAUAACACUAACAACAAUCAACAGUCUUUCUCUAUUGGCACUGGACCAGGAGUUACAGGCACUAAACAGGACAAGCAGCCAGGGGGGCAGGUUAAGAGGGCAAGUCCUAGCAAUAGUCGAAGAUCAAGUCCAGCGUCCAGUCGUAAGUCAGCCACCCCAAGUCCAGGGAGACAGAAAGGAACAAAGAUGGGCAACAGCUGCCCUCCACCACAGCAGCAGUUGGUUAACAACCAGGGGCAAGCAAUGAUGCUUAGCCCUACAUCAGUACCCCAAAGUCCAGUGUCCAUGCCUUCUCAAGUCAGUGGGGGCGUGGAGGCACAGCAGCCCCAGAACCUCUUCCAUGGGUUGCAAGGAAACCCUGCAGAGGGAGUCAGGGACAGUCAGGGACUGAUGACAGCAGAGCAGCGACACAUGCCACAGCCUCAACACCUGCCACAGCCUUUGAGAGAGUUAUCGGCUCCCAGAAUGGCAAGUCCUCGUUUCCCCUUGCCCCAGCAGUCUAAACCUGACUCGGAACUGCAGGCCGGGACAGUCAAUAAGCAGUCUGUACAACAUGCAGAACCUUCACAGGACUCUGAGGCCUCGCCUACUCUCAGGACAGCUCCAACCUCCCUCAACCAGUUGCUAGAUAACACAGGUAUCCCAAACAUGCCACUUCGGCCCAUACAGAGCAAUACUGUUAGGGAGGUUUUAGGAAAAGACAGUCCGAACUCUGGUUCGGAUCUAGAGAGAGCAGUCCACAGUGCAUCCCAGAGUACAGAUAUGUCGGCCUCUGUUUCAACAACUGCUGCUUUUAAUGAAUCGGAAGUUAAGCCCAAACCUGCUGCCCCAGUUCCUACCAGUAGCCCUUAUUUACAACCUACUUCAAUUCCCAGCUUACACCCAAGCACUAAUGUUAACUCAAAUACAGCCCCCAGCCUUAACCAAAACCCUGUUCCAGUUGUUGGUGUCAGUCCAAAUCAAAAUGUGAACCCAACUGCUACCCUUAGUACCAACACUAAUGCCACCACAAGUGUAAGCUCAAACCCAGUCACUUCUGGGCAGAGCAGUCCUGCCCCAACUGUCAGUACCAGUUCUAACUCCAGCUCUGUUGUAAAUCCACCUUGUUCAACCCUUAAACUAAGCCCAAGCCCUAGUCCUAAACCUGUCACAAAUGUUCACUCAGUCAUACAAAUUCCUGCCUCCUCUACCACCAUAACCCCCAACCAAAUCACUGUAUUUGUCACCUCUAACCCCAUUACAUCUUCCCCCACCUCCCAGGCACCAACAUCUAUGGUUUCCACCAUGAUGGCUGUACCUAACAAGAACAUCAGACCUCAAGACAUCCGGCAGCAGACUCCUGUCCCAAGACCUCAGUUUAUUGCCACCACCCCUGUAUUCAUUAACCCAAUUUUCCAGGUCCCAGGCUCAUCUGUGGCCCCUAAUAACACAGUGGUAUCCCAGUCAGUAACCAUGGUGGGGCCUAUCCAAGUGUCCACUACAAACAUCCAACUUUCCCCUGCCCAAAGCUCCACCCAUUCAUCUAUGGCUAAUAUGACCAGCACUCAGCCUACCAGGAGUUCAAUAGGGCAGGUGCAGAUUGCCACUAGUAUGUCCUCAUCAGUCCCAGUUGGUACUCUCCAAGCUCCUCAGCAAAAUAACCCAGGGACAGUCAAAACAGAAAAUGUAGUCGAGGCCAUUCCUGCUCCGAAAUCUAGUCCCCCAUUACAACAGCCCUCUCCCCAUCCCAGCCCUUCAGCUUCAUCUCCCUUUCACCCACCCCUGGCUUCUCCUCCACCCUGCUCCAGUCCAGGGGCUGUAAAUACCAUGCGCAAGAGCCCCAUGUCCCCACCUCCUGCUACCCAAGUGAAAGGAAAACCUGCACAGGUUGCUGGAGUUGUUGUGGGUACAGCUGACUCCCAGCAGAGUCCAGUAGAUAGGCCUGCACAGGGACCAGUGGGGGCAGUGCCGCCACAGAUCUGUCUUACUCCUGAUGGUCCUGCUACUCAGACUGAACCCCUAGUUCCCCAAACUAUUGUUGCUGCUGCCCCCAACAACAUUGCACUGCCUACAACUUCUCCAAUUCCCAUUCAUAGCCAAGUUGCUCUUCCUAAUCAGUUUGUUACCCAGGCUCCAUUGCCUGCCCUUGCUUCAGUUUCAAGCCCAGGGCAGGCUUUAACUUCUAAAGCUCCUAUUGUCACUGUAGUAAGUGCCACUACGAGUGUCCCUUCUUCUAGCUUGCCCUUAACCCCCACAGUCACACCUGAACAAAGUUCUGUACCGUCCAUCGUUCCGGUUUGUUCCGGACCUGGACCUGGUCAGGAUGUUCCCUCUGCCACAUCCUCUCCAGUUGCUAACUCCAGGGGAGUUUCGGCGGCUCAGUCGGAACCCCAAACAGUGGAGCCUCAAACUGUGGAGCCCCCUAUGCAGCCAGCUGCAGCACCUGCUGAAACCUCUCAGACCGCCCAAGCACCUAUUCAACCAGAAGCCUCACAAUCGCAUGAGCCUGUUCCAAGUGAGAAGUCUGGUGAAGAGGUCUCAACAGGACCAGAGCAAGGAUGGGCAAAGAAAAGAAAGACGCCCAUCAACUUAGUCCCAAGAACUGUUGUAGAGAAGCCCAAGGGACCGAGUAGACGCAGCUCUAGAGCAGAGAAGGAGGUGGAGGAGGAGACGGUUCCGGACAGCGGCAUAAGGAAGAGAUCGGCUAGGCCUGGAACCAGUGCUGCUGUAAAAGAAACUGGAGCGAGCCCAACCCAGGCCAAACGAAGGAAGUCUAAAUAGCCUGUGAACUGUACUGUAAAUGUUUUUGUUCCCGCUGUGAAUCGAUAGAAAUUGGUUUCAAUGUCCCAGAUUAUGAAUUUCACUGGAUGAAGACACCUUGUACAGAUUGUUUUAAAAGAAUUAUGCUAUUGUUUUGUCUAUGCUAUCACAUGAAAUUGUAGGUAGAAUGUGUGCUUACAGUAUGUGCUUUGUGUGAAUGUGCUUUUUAUAUUAAAUGCUGGAUUAAUCAUGUGAAGACUGACAAUGGAAGCCUGUCAUGAUUGUAUAAUUAUGAUGUAAAACUGAAUUAAAUUUUCUACUGCUUUUUGUUCUGUGAAA